AUGUCGACAAGUAAAAUUCUUCCCCGUAUGAAAAGAGAGCUUGAAAUCCUAGAACGUGAUACCGCUCCUGGUAUUAUUUGUUAUCCGGUGGACGACAAUCUACUGAACUUUGCUGCAGAAAUAAAGGGGCCGGUUGAUACGCCAUACGAGGGAGGAGUUUUUAAAGUGAAGGUACAAAUUCCUCAAAGAUAUCCAAUGGAACCACCAAAAAUGCAAUUUGUCACGCCGAUAUAUCAUCCGAAUGUAGACGACGUGGGAAGGAUAUGCCUUGAUGUUUUAAAAAUUCCGCCGAAGGGUUCCUGGAGUCCAUCCUUGAACAUAUCAACAACGCUGACCUCGUUAAGUGUACUGAUGUCCGACCCCAACCCAGAUGAUCCACUUUCCAUCGAUAUUGCGCGUGAGUUUAAAGAUAGUCCGAUUCUAUUCAGACAAAAAGCUCGUGAAGCAACAUACAAUCUAGUGGAUAAUAAUAACUCGCGGGAAGAGAUUCCUGUGAACUCUUCUCAAGUGGAUGCUCAAUCAGUUGUUACCGAGGAGGAAAGUUUUGACGUCAAAAAGAAGAAACUCUCACUUUCAAAAGCAAAGACAGAAAAUAAUACUAUUACUAUUGACCAAACGAACGAGAAAAUGCAGCAAGUUACCGAGAGUUCCAGUAGACUCGAAGUUAUUGAGGAUAACAAUAAUUCACAAAUUAAUAAUGUAACUCGACGUGAUGCAAAUCUCGAUGUUCCUAUUCAAACAGCAGAUCAAUCAGAAAACGGAACGGCAGCCUUGCCAGUUCAUGAAACUAAAUCCAUUACAACACCAGCAGACAUAGAAUCUGACUCUAAAAAUACAAUAUUAAUUUCAGAAACCAAAUCCACACCAACAAACAAUACCACCGUAACAACCGAGAAAAGAGUCCCAUUAAUGGAAAAGGCUAACGUAUUAUCUCUUGGGUCAUUAUCAUCCUCAUCAUUUUCAAAUUCGACAAUCGACCAAAAAUUCGAAUACGAGACAAAUAAAAGUGAAAAGAAACGUAGUUUACUUCGAAAAAGAACGAGAAAUGAGUCGAUUGAAAAAAGAAUGAAAUUCAAUAAUAAUGUUUAA